AGAGGGGAGGAGGUCAUGAUGGAGAGAUGCAGAGGAAAAGGGGGGAUAAAGGAAAAAGAACAAGGCAGAGAGGCGAGCUGCGAGGAGCAUCAGAGAGGAUAACUGCCUGUUUGCUCGCUCUCUGCCUUCUUGCUCCCCCUCCUGUCCAUUCACUUCCAGUCACAGCACAAACGCUCAGACAACUAGGUAGGCACAGCAGAGCUCAGAGCUCCGAGGGAUGGUUUAAAAAGGUUUCCCACGUGAAGGCAUGAAUCCACGGACGAAGAAGAAGAGGGCAGGAUAGAACAAGACAUAACCAGAAAGGAAAAGGAGAAGAGGUGGGGGGGAGAAGAGGAAAGACAGAAACAGAGAGAGAGAGAGAGAGAGAGGGAGAGAGAGAGAGAGAGAGAGAGAGAGAGAGAGAGAGACACGGAGGAGCAGAUGGACUAUGCAAAGAGGAAAGAGAGCGGCGUGAAGCUCACCGAGCAGCAGUGACAAGAGAGGUGAGAAUAAAAGCAAACAUGAACGCCAGAGGGAUGGAAGAAUGGGAAGAAGAGACAUGAAGGAAUAGCUGAGCAGAGCAGAGGAGAGGAGAGAGUGUUUUAUGGGAGAAAGAGGCUACACUGAGGGAAACAGGAGGAGAAGGAUGUGGAACCCUGUCUGAAGCCAUGAGAGAAUGAGUCACUGAGAAGAGGCCUGACAAAAGAAAGCGUGAGCGAUAAAAUCAAUUGGAAGGAAGGAAGGAAGUGAGAGGGAAAAAAAAGUUGAAUGACCAGAAUGGGGAACCAUGUAGGCCCAUCCCAUACAUUGGCCAUCCAAUGUGCUGAGGGCCCAGGGGACAAUGCAGUUGGAGAAGAAGUGGCUGCCAAGUAGACAAGCCAAUGUGGUGAAUACAGAAAGGAUGGAAAGGCUGCAUUCCCUUCCUUCCUGCUUACAUGCAGGUGAUCGAGAAGACUCCAUCAUCAGUUCAUCUCUUUGGAUAAUUAUAAAAAAAUGGAAAUAAGGAGCAAAAGUGCACAACAAUAUGGACACCUCUCACAAACGUAUUUAAAACGGUAUUUGAUGCUGCGAUUAUUUUUGUAUGAGAGCAGAAAUCUUUAUGGCUUUUUGGUUUAGCCUUCAUCAGAGUGAUUCGUGUUUUAUUUUUUCUUGCUGUGCUCAAUAUUACUACGCCUUGAACUGUGAAUAUGGUAAUCCAUCCUUUCUUAAGGACAAUCUUAUUUGCAGAGGAAGUCCUUGGUGAAUAGAUAGAAGAUAACCUGCACUGCUGCACAAAAUCCAGUGCUGUCCAGAGACAGCUAUUUCCCAAGUUUGUGUUGUCAUGAAACUGGAACUCAGUCAAUCAACUGUGCAGAUCUCUCACUGUUAUAAUAAAUACAUGAAUGAGAGGUCAGCGUUCUUGUUGACACACUAACACAAAUAGGCCUUCACAAUAUACAACUGCCUGCAGAGCCUGUGGAUGUUGGGGGAGCAAGAAACACAAGAGAAAUGGUGAGCAAAGAGCCCAAUCACGUGCUCACAGGCCAAACCAAUGGCAAGAGCACCUUGGCGGACAAGCUUCCAGGAACUAUGACUGUGCGCUCUGUGCUGCUCAACCGAGACUCCCCCGACAUUGAAAGCCGCCUCAAGCGACGCCGUAACCGCACCCACCAGGUCCGUUUCAAGGACCUGGAGGAUGGCAGCAGCAGCAGUGGCAACAGUGGAACCGGAGAAAACAAUAGCCAUCAGAGGCCUGCCACAGACUGUGACAGCCCACAUCCUCUUCGUAAACAUGGCAGCAGGACGCCUGAGCCGUGGACUGACAGGGACGGACCACGGACUAACAGUCUACCUGGCCAGACCUCUGUGGUGGGUGCCGUGCGUGGGGACAUGGCCAGUACUAUAGAGGUGGUGGCUGCUUUCUUAGCCAGAGCCCCUCCCCACCCAUUAACGCCUGGUCCUACACGUCGAUGCUGGGCACCACCGCAGAGUAACUCCCUGACUUUGCCAAUGACACGAAGGUCCAGUACCAGCACCAGCACAGCCAUUCAGACCUCCCCAUGUUUAAAAAAGUCCAUCUCCUCCACUCACACACGUAGCCAGAGCCUUGGAGAUUCAGUUGGUGUUGAUGGGGAUGAUGAGCAUGACUCCCAAGAUGAGUAUCUUAUGCACAAUCACGUGCCUGGGCCUAAGGAUCAUAGUCCUACGGGGUCUGGGGACCGAUCUGUGGUGGAAUGGAAGUCUAAAUCCAGGACAGAUGUUAAAUCAGCUGUUACUGUUGUAAAGAAUUCAAGGCACAGCUGUCCCCCAUCAGUACUCCACAACACUGAGCCAUGCCACUAUUCUUCUGUAUCCUGCAGAGAUGGUCCGAAGCGCCAGGGAAGCAGCACUCCCUCAGUGAUAAGGAGGAGAAAACGCCUGAACCGAGCAACAAGUGAUCCUGGAAAGGAGGUGCACUACUGCACUACUCCUACGCAGACUGAAAGCCCCCGUCUAUCUCCACCACCCUCAAGUACCAAACUAUGUACCACUCAAGUUCAAACGGAGAGUCCUUCAGCAAAUCCAGAUACAAAAUACUGCACCACCCAAAGUCAAACUGAAAGUCAGACUCAGUCUUCACCUUUGAGUGACAAACCACGCACAAAUAAAACCCAAAUCCCCAACUCUAACCCCGCCCUACCUCCAAAUGCUGAGCAGUGUACUACUCAAGUACAAACAGACUCUUCUUGUCACUCUCCUCCAGCUCUUCAACCUUGCAAUACCCAGACACAAACUUGCCGACCCUGUGCUUCCCCGCCUCUGACCACAGCAUCCAAGUCAAUGCCAAUUCAAUCUGAGCGCCCUGGAUCACCAACUGGGGAUGCUCAAGCCCCUUCAACAACUGAAAUAACUACUGUGCCUUACUGUACUUCUCCUAUAAGUGCACCAACACAAUCCCCUGAACACUGCGCAAACCCACCUUCCUCCCCUCCAGGCAAGCCAACCUGUACCACUCCACCUCCACACAUAGCACUGCCUGUUCCUUGCUCUACUUCUGCUCCUGUCAUUGUCCAACAGUCUAUUCCCUAUUAUACUGUUGUGUCACCACCAACAACCCCCAGCACUGCUGUUGUCCUCUCUACUCCUUCCUCUACAACACCACCAUGUCCAACUCAAAACUGCACCUCACCUGUUUCAAACAUAGUGUCACCCACUCCCCUAACCUGUUCUACCCCUACCCCACCUUUAACUUCUAAUGAUACUACCAGACAUUUAACCACUCUUGUGAACUUAACACAUGAACCACCACACAUUACAUCAAACUCAACACCUCCUACAAAUCUAACACCUUGUACAUUUGUAACUCAAACUGCCCUGUCAUGCACCUCCAUAUCAUACUACACUACCACACAUCCUGUUGGUCCAAAUGGUCCUCCCACAAACAAUACAUCACCUUCUUAUACCACUCUUAUACAAACUGUUUCACAUUGUAACAUCCCAUGUCAGGCUUUGCAAAAUACCUCUGCUGUCAGCACAGGGAUAACCCCCUUCUCAUCUCCAGUCCCCAGACUCAAAUCUUGCACUUCUCCACCUCCACUGGUGAAGACUUACACAUCAAAUCUUCCAAAUGUGCAGCAGUGUGCAACACCAACUAAAACCGUUCCUCUGUACUCUUCCACAUUUCGUGCAGCGCCACCAUACACUCCCCCCUCUCAGGCCCCCCACAAUGCUCAGGAUAAGAGGGGCAUUCGACUUCCACCUCCUCCCCCACCACCUCCACCCUACACCCCACGUAAAAAGGGAACUGAAACAUCAGGUCCUGCAAAUCGAACACCCAUGCUCAGGGCAGACAGCAAAGCCAACGAGAAAGAUAAAGACACGGAGAAGGAAAAAAAGGAGGAUAAAAAAUGUAAAGACUCACCCAAGCUCUGUGAGAGAGCCAGCUCUCUGAAGCACAGAGCUCAAACCCCGCCUAUUGCUGUGAUGAAGGGAGAGAAGCAGGCCUCCUCCUCCCCUGCCAAGGCCUGUUUUAAGCCCAGCUGUCUCAGCUCAGCCCAGGCUCAGCUAGGGGUCCUUCACAAAAUGCUCUGCUCAGGAGCCAGUGCCAGGCCCGGUACUCCCAACAGUCAACACCCUCUUCCUCCAAGCCAGCAGGGUUGCUCUGGAGCUUGGGGAUGCUCUGGUUCUGGGGAACGGCCUACCGCUGGGCCUCUGACUGCUGCCCAGGCUGACACACUGAGACAGGUCCAGGAAAUUCUAGGAGGGUUGGUGUCAGGAGCCAGGUGCAAAUUGGACCCGUCCAAGGUGACAGAAAAGCUGCUGAGUCCCAAUGGACCCCUUCAUGACAUUCGUAGCCUGCAAAACCAGCUCCACAGUCUAGAGGGGGUCUUGGAGACCAGCCAGAACACCAUUAAGGUCCUGCUGGAUGUCAUUCAAGACCUUGAGAAGAAGGAGGCGGUGCGGGAUGGAAGACACUCUUACAGGACAGGACAGGACAUUGAGAACUGUGGCACCUGCAGGGACUGCGCCUGCAUCAUCUACAGCGUAGAACAUGACUUCCGUCUACAGGAAGGGCAGGUGGUACGUACAUGGAAAGUGGGUGACCCACCUGAGGGACUGCCCCCGAGCCCCACCCCCCCGCCCACCACACCCAACCAACAGGACUCUCCUCAACCGGUGCGACCGCCUGCCACCACCAAGAAGAACAGGAAGAAAUGCUUCUGGUUCCUCUGAGCUUACAGCCUGAGAGGACACACAAAGAGACGUUUUGAUACUGCAAUGCACUGCAUACCCUUCCUAAGAAAAAAACAACAACAACAAAAAAAUGUACAAAUGAUCAACUGAGGAGAUCUGAGAUGAAAAACAAAGUGAGGAAUGAACUGGAAAAUU